AUGACACUCAAGCGCAUCCACCGCGAAAUCGCGGACGUUCAAAAGGAGGACAUGGGCAAUAUUAAGCUCGCCCCGACGGACAAUCUGCUCUUGUGGAAAGGAUCUUUACCUGGGCCUGAGAGUAGCGUGUACGAAGGAGGAUCGUUUGACGUCGAUAUCGUUCUUGCGCAUGAUUAUCCGUUCACAGCACCGAGAGUCGUUUUCAAGACGAGGAUAUACCACAUGAAUAUUUCAGAUCAAGGGAAUAUAUGCAUCGACAUUCUUAAGAACAACUGGUCACCUGCACUAUCCCUCUUUAAAGUGAUGUUAUCUUUAUCAUCGCUGUUGACAGAUCCCAAUCCCAAGGACCCACUCGUUCCUGGAAUUGCUACACAGUAUGUUCAGAAUCGCAAGCUCUACGAUGACACCGCUCGUCGCUGGACACAACUAUAUGCACGACCCGAGCCACCUCCGCCCGUCACCGCAUCUUCCUUGAAAGGAAAGGAAAAACAAAAAGCACCUGUUAUGCCGGUGACAGAUGACGAACUGAUCGUGAUUUCUGACGAUGAUUCCCCAGAACGCCGUCGCAGGAAGCGAGAGGCCUCAGUGGAGGCGGAUGCUCCUUCAAGGAAUAAGAGGCGCACACGAAGCAAUCAUCAGGACGACGUUAUCGUCAUUGAAGACGACUGAGUUAUUAUUAUUCGCUCUAUACACUUGCAUGUUUCUUACCCGCAAUAUUUAUCAUUCCGGAUGGAUUUAUAAAGCU